AGACGAGUUUCCACCGCUAGAUGGUGGCGGCCGCAAUCAGAAUACCAUAAGCAGUUCCUAUCAUCUGGUACCAUUCGAUCGCUUCGAUCUCCUCAGACAGGAAUUUUGAAUUUGGUAACGAUCAUUGCAAAAGUGGCGCUUGCACCCUGUGAUAACAAAUAAACAGAGAGCCAGAGAAAGAAAGCGAAAGGGCUGAAAAAGAUGAGGCUACUUACACACAACAUGCUCUCCUCCAACAUCAAGGGCGUUGUCAAUGGCUUCCCUCUCCGAGUCGAGGUUGAGAAAGUUGUCGAGAAGCAGGUCGACUUCAACCCGGACUUCCUCAAGAACAUGUUCUCCAAAAUCGAAUGGAAGCCUCUUGUCGAUGCCUCUCGCACUAUGGGCUAUGCCGAACUUCCCGAGGAGGCAGAGUCAUUGAUGCUCGAUUCCCAUGACUUUUUGCAACGAUUCCACCAUGCGCUUUUGGAGCUACAUCUCGAGGAAGGCGCUCUUAUUUGCCCGGAGACAGGCCGCCGAUUCCCCGUCAAUAAAGUGGACCCUACUCUCUCUUAUAGGCGCAAAUUGGGACUCAAGUUUCCACCGAUAAAAAGCCGAAGGCCGCACUCCGAAGACCAUAACAGUUCCUAUCAUCUGGCGCCAUCCCGUUGCUUCUCGAUCUCCCUGAUUUUCUUACUGUCUUAAAACUAGAAAAGCAAAUGGCUGCUGGAAGGGUAGCUCACGUCACGCUUAAAGGACCGAGUGUCGUCAAGGAGAUAUUGAUUGGAAUGGGAGUGGCUUUGUUUGCUGGUAGCUUUUGGAAAAUGCAUCAGUGGAAUGAGCAGAGGAAAGUAAGAGCGUUCUAUGAUCUACUCGAGAAGGGUGAGAUCGGUGUCGUUGUCGAUGAAGAAUAGAUCUUACACUCUAUCAUGAUAUUGUUGAACACAUUCAUCAGUUUGUUUAUCACUUUUUGAAAACCUCUUUGUUUUGCUUUUUGGAUUAGAGAUGAUGACCUGUUUAUCUUUUGCAUCAGUUUCUACAAAUAAGAUAUGAGAGAGAUUUUGGUGGACUUAAUAAUAAACCUUAUUUCAUGA